AGAGUGUAGUAGUGUCGCUGCGUUAUUACCGUGUUAAAAAUGUCUUGAUGUUUUAAAGAAUAAUGUAUUGAACAAAUAUACAAUGUGCACUAUCAAAUAAUUUAACAUUAGAUUACAAUAUUUUUUGUAAAGUUUGAAAACUGAAAUCUUAAAAUAAUGGAGGAAUAUUUACGAAAUAUAGGUGUAGGAUUAAGACCUAUUGAUGAUCCAUUUUUUGAGGAUUCGUACAAUAUUUGCAAAAUUUUUCAACGAAAAGGUGUUAUUAUUGAAGAUGAUGAAGAAUUGUGUCAUGAAGUUAUAAAAGAAUUCUCUUGUUAUAUUACUGGCUGUCAAGCAAUAUUUAAUACAUUAAUUGAUUUUGAAAUGCACUACAACAGUAAUCAUCGAUAUGUCUGUGGAGAAUGUAAAAAGUGUCUACCAAAUCCUAGAUUCUUAGAUAUUCAUAUUCAAGAAACUCAUGAUAGCUUUUUCCAAAUUUUAUCUACGAAACAACCAAUGUAUCAAUGUUAUGUGUCUGAAUGUGAUUUGAAAUUUGUUAAUUCAACUGAGAGAAAGGAUCAUUGCAUUAAUGUACAUAAAUUUCCCAAGAAUUUUAGAUUUGACAAUACUGUACAGUGCAUAAAACAUAAGUCAAAAGAUAAAAUGGAUAUUAAUAAACCAGAACCAGAGAAAAAAGAAUCCAAACCUAAGAGAAUACAAUUGAAUAAAAAUCAGAAAUCUAAAAUGUUUAUUGUUGCGGCAAAGACAGCGACAUUACCAAAUGCUACUGUUCAUGGAAAUACAUUAAAUACUAGAACAGGAACAACUUCGUUAAAUUUUAUUCCUAGACAAAUACAAAAAUCAUAUACAAAAGCACUUACUAAAAAUCAAUCCAAUGAGAAAAAUGUACUGGAAACAGGAUGUAUGAUGGAUUUGUCCGAUACAUUAUCAGAGUGUAUGAAUGACAAUAAGAGCAUUUCGUAACUUAAUGUUUUAUUAUAAAUAUAUUUUAAAUAUCACAACAA